ACAAACAAUUAUUAAAUAUACAUUAUUUGGUACUAAUUACUUAAUUACUUUACCAAUUUACUAUAUUAAUAUUGUAUUAUACUUACUCCUGACAUAAACAAAUAAUGUUUAAUAUUGCUAUGUUCGUAAUUAAAAAGUUUAUUUAAAUAAAUCAUAAUGCCUUUGCCUCCAGCUUUGGCUAAAAGGUUAGCAACCCGUGGAAUAUUGACUGAAAAUGAAGGUAAAAUAUAAAAAUGGGAAAUAGCUAUAUAAAUUUUGAUAUAUAUAUAUGUAUUUAGAAUUCAGUUUAAUAUUAGGAUUUAUAACAAUAACUAUAAAAUAAAAAUAAAAAUAAUUAUUUUUAUUCCAUAGUGUUUAAUUAAUAUGUACUAACUUUAUAUAAAAUAUACAAAUUAUAUCUUUCUAAAUGUAAAAUUUAAAAUUGAUACAAAUUAGGUACACUUAUUAUAAUAAGUACCUAUAUAUUUUAUAGUAUCAAUUGUAAAAAUAUUUUUCUCAUUUAAAAUUAAAAAUUAAAUAGCUGGCUCUAAAUUAUAAUUUACAUGUAUAAAAUACCUGAUUUUAGGCAAAAUUAACACAAAAGAAGCCGAAGAAGAAGUAAUUGCAGAAUGUUAUGAUGAUGUUGAUGAUACAAAUGACAACUCUGGUUCAGAUUCACAAGAAAGUGAAGAAGAAAAUGAUAAACCAGACCCUAGAGUUUUAGAUAAAUUUAAAGUGAAUACCUAUCAAUAAUAUAAAUUCCAUAUAUAUUAUCUAUUAUUUAAGAAUUUGUGUAUAUUAAUUUUGUUUGUAGGGUCAUCAUGGUUGUCCAAAUAAGUCAAAUGUUUAUCAUGAAUGUACACAUUUUUGUGAACAACAAUGGAAAAAUGGUAUAAAACGACCAAAAAAUGGAUAUUUAAAAUCUAGAAAUAUUAUGUUAGAAAAGUAUCCAUUAUCUAAAAAUUGGCAUGAAGUAUAUGAUCCUGGAACGUAAGUAAUAUAAACAUUUGCAAUCCCAUUAUCUAUUAAUUAAAAUAUAUACUAUAAUUAAAUUAAUUUGUUUUUCCAAUUUUCAAAUAUAUUACUAUCAUUAUUUUGAUUACCUAACAAUGAUUUUAUUAGUUUAGUUCUUCAUUCUUGGUAGGCUAUUAAACAGUUUCUACUCUAAAAAUACAAUUUUUAAAAUUUCUUCUUCACUCCUUGACAAAAAGUUUAAUCUUCUCUUUUUAAGCAAUCAUGUUCUUUUUCACACUUCUAAGUAUUGCCAAAUCUCUUGAAUCCUUUUAUCUGUACAAAUGUCAAAAACAGAAAAAAAUUACUACUAUCGACUAAUGUAUUGUCCCAUAAUCUCAGUCACAAAACAUAAGUAAUAUCAAUUUAUAUUACACAACCAAAAGGUCAAAAUAUUAUGUGAACUAUGAAGUAUAAUCUAUAUUUGUUUAAACUUUAAUGCAAAAAAUUAGUAAAUCUGCUCAUAACUGAUAAACAAAGCUUAGUCAACAAACUAGUAACUGCCAAUAUGUUUUUAAAACAAACUACAUUGUAAAUAACUAUCAUAAUUAAUAGAAAAAUUAGAUUGAUGAUUAUGGAUUAAUUAACAUUUUAGAAUAUCUACAUGAUUAUUUGUAUAGUUGAUUUUUUUUUCCGCGAGAAUAUAAGGUAAAAAUAAAAUAUAUUUUUUUUUCUUGAUUAUUAUUAUUUUGUUCAAUUUUUUCAGUGGUAGAUUUUAUUAUUGGGAUGUAAUAAAUGAUGCAGUUAGCUGGUUACCUCCUAGCCAUCCUCGUUCAAUUGUUACAGAUUCUGUUGCACAAUUUCGAUUUGAAAGGCAUGCUAUUAUGCAAAAUAUGGAAAGAAAAACUUCAGACUCUGAGGUAAUUUAUUUAAUUUUUGGCAUUACUUAUUAUUAAUCCAAAGAUAUAACAUCAACUGGCAACAAUUUGUGGUUGUUUCUUCUUUAAAUAUAAUAGGUAAAAAAACUUUUCCUUGUUCUUCAUAUCUACAUUAAUGAUAAAUAUGAGAAAAUGAGUUACAACUGUUACAAGCUUUUCUCCCUGUUGUCUGGGGAGCAAAAUGGCGGCAACAGCAAGUCUCGCUUGAUAUUGUAGAAGGGGGCAAAGUAUAAACGAGCUUUCCUUGUAAGAACCCACUCAGAGCUCGGGGAUACUCCCCAAUAACGAUGCUUCCAGUCAAGCAUUUUACCAGCGAUACAAAUGCUGGGAUCAUAGGAUGGUGGCAGCCCACACUGUAUUGAGCAAUUGGGACGAUAGCCCAUCACUUCGUCAGACCUCUGGUCUUGGUCGAGUUCUUGCCGAAGGUUUAAUAUAAUAAUUUUAAUAAAUUGAACGCUUUAUUUAAACAGUGUCUUUUAUCAGUAACUUACUUAAAAAUGACUUUGUUAUGAAGUUUAUAAAAUCUGAUGUAUUUAACGGAAUUGAUUUGUGUUACCAAUAUAUAAAAAUAUCUAUUUUACAUUCCGAUAAAAAGAAUUAUUUAAAUUUGUAAUUUAUUUUGUAUAUUAUGUAAAAUAAUUUAAUAUUUCUUUAAUUUUUACUAUUUUGUUAUAGAGUAGUAGUGAUAAUAGUGAAGAUGAACGCCCCAAAAAAAAGAAAACUUCAAUGCCUCCCCCUAUUCAAGAAAUCCGUGCCAAAGAAGUAAGAUAUGACAGAGAGCUGAAACGUAAAGAUCCCCCAAGAAGAGUUAUAAAAGCAAAUGAUCUUGAUCCUAUGGAUCCAGCUGCGUAUUCAGAUAUUGCUAGGUAAUAUUCAACUUUAGUAUAAGACUGUUUUGAUGAAACAUUGUUAUUUAACAUUUAUUAUUUAACAAUUAAAUAUUAUAACAUAUUUUCAUGUUAUAUUUAUUAACUAUGAAUUUUCAUAAUUAUUUUCUGAUAAUGGUAAUUUUUUUCAGAACUAGUAUAUCUAAUUUGUUGUUUUGUAUAUUUUAUUGUUUUAUUUUUAGGGGUUCUUGGAAUGAUGGACUUACAGUUGAAGCAAAAUCUGGCGUAGAUACAACAGCCUCAGGACCCCUUUUUCAAAUGCGACCUUAUCCUAGUCCUGGGGCAGUCUUGCGUGCAGCAUCUGGUCAUCCCAAACGUAAAUAAAAGAAAAGAAAAUUUAUUAUCAGAUUUCAUUUUUAUGUCAUAAUUUCUUCUAUAUGAAAUUAAUAAAUUCAAUUAAUAUUUGUUUUGAGUAUCUAUUAUAAUGAAAUAAGUGUUUAUCUCUUUAUGUGCAAUUCAUAGCUGAAUCUAUUGCCCAGAGAUCUGAUAAUAUACAUAUAGUAACAAAUGAAGAUUGCCAUGUGCACCUCAAAUAUUAAUAGUUGAAAGGAUUUUUUAAAAAUGUGUUUAUAUUGUCGAAAAAUGUUGAAUUUAACUGCAAAGGUAAUACCA